GAUCAGCACAGUGAGCGUGUUCGGAUGGGGCUGCUGCUCUCAGGAUGGAAACCCAGCAGCCCAAACUUGUUCUGCUGUUCAGUGGGAAGCGAAAGUCGGGGAAAGACUAUGUAACUGGUUUAAUACAGGACAGACUGGGUCCACACCUGUGCUGCAUCCUCCGACUUUCGGCUCCCUUAAAAGCUCAGUAUGCACAGGACCAUGGACUUGACUACGAGCAGCUGCUGAGUGCAGGUCAGUACAAGGAGACGUACCGGGCUGAUAUGAUCCAGUGGGGUGAGAGUAAGAGACAGCAGGACCCCGGCUUUUUCUGCCGUCUGGCCAGUCGUGGUGCUGUCCAACCGGUGUGGAUUGUGAGCGACUGCAGACGGAUGUCAGAUUUGCAGUGGUUCUGGAAGGAAUAUCCUCAGCAGUGCCUCAGUGUCCGAGUGGAGGCGUCGGAGCAGAGCAGAGUCCAGAGGGGCUGGAGGUUCACUGCAGGAGUGGACGAUGCAGAGUCUGAAUGUGGCCUGGAUCAGGGAGUGAACUUUGACUGCACCAUAAGCAAUGAUGGAGAUGCUACUCUUCUUGAAGGACAGCUUGAGAGGCUUCUGUCAUUGGCUAGGGAGAAAUCACAAUGACCCAAGAUCAUAAGACAGUAUCAGCCUGCAUAAGUGAAGAUGAGACUUGCCUGGGGAGUCUGUGCGCUGCUAUUCCGGACUAUGUCGAACCAAGAUGUUUCAGGAUCCUCUGGAAUGAUGGGCAUUUUAUUAUAAGCAAGCAUAUUUGUCUACCGUCAUGUAUUUUGACUGACUUCAAUAUUGCGUUUGUGCCUUUUUGCUUUCUCUUUUUGAGGAACGCAAUUGUAGUCGGUCACUCAUUCAAACAUUCAGUAGUUUCAAAGGAGCUCAUUUAAAAUGAUGCUCGAUAAAAGAACAUGCACAAAAGGUUGUAUUCUUAAUGAGGUAUAGUUUACAUCACAUUCUGAGCAUCAGGAAAUAUUCCACUUGCACUACAUAAAGCCACAGUCACGAUUCAGAGCUGGUUCUCAUUUUGUAUCAUGGUACACACACACACACACACACACACACACACACACGCGUGCACAGUUAGAUAUUCUAAUAAACAGAAAAAAGAAAAAAAAACCCAAGCUGCAUGAAAAGGAGUAAAACCAUGGAUUCCAUACUGUUUUAAGAAUUAUAAACUUAAUGAACUGAAUUCAGUCCAGUGUCCCAACAACAAUCUUCAAAACGUUAGGGUAAUUCAAUCUAAACAAGUCAUUCGGAGUGUUCUUAAACCAGGGGUCUCACUGUCUAAUAAAUAUAGCCAUUUUACUUACUAAAUUA